AUGGAAUUUGCACAUCGUAAAUGGAUGUAUGAUAGAACUCAUCCUAAUCGUGCGGGAUUGAGGGUGGAAUUUAUAAACGGGGUUAAGGAAUUUAUUGCAAAGGCGAAAACUAGAAAUGAUUUUCUUAUAGAAGGCACAAUUAGGUGUCCUUGUGCCAAAUGCAAGUGUAUCAAGUUAUUGAAACCAGAUAAAGUUGAAUUUCAUAUUUUGAAGAAUGGAUUUAUGGAUAAUUAUUAUGUAUGGACUGUUCAUGGAGAGAAUGACGCCAAUGUAGCUAGUGUUGAUUUUCAGAAUGCUUUUGAUGGUGUGGAUAAUCCUGUAGAGAAUAAUAAUGUUGAAAAUUCUCGAUUCAAUGAAAUGUUGAGGGAUGCUUUUGGGAUGUUCCCAGGGGUUCAAUCAGAACCAAAUGAUGAAGCUAAGCGCUUCUAUGGAGAGUUAACUGAAGCUAGUCGACCAUUAUAUGAAGGUUCAAUGCAUUCAAAGUUGUCUGUUGCUGUUAGAUUGCUAAGUAUAAAGUCAGAUUAUUCAAUUUCUCAAGCGGGAAUGGAUUCUAUCAUUAGGCUUAUGAAUGAGCUUAAUCCGAGUAAAAUUGACUUGCCUAAAGAUUUCUACACGACAAAGAAGAUGGGUUCUAAGUUAGGGCUUUCAUCAGAAAGGAUUGAUUGUUGUGAAAAAGGUUGUAUGUUAUUUUAUAAAGAUGAUGCAACUUUAGAAAAUUGCAAAUUUUGUAAUCAAGCUCGUUAUAAGGAAGUCACAAAAGUCAAAAAGAAGAAGGUUCCGGUGAAGUCAAUGCAUUACUUACCCCUUAUACCUAGGUUAAAGAGGUUAUACGCAUCAAUGAGCUCUGCUCCUCAUAUGAGAUGGCAUUACGAACAUAAAAGGCCACCUGGUGUUCUAUGUCAUCCAUCAGAUGGAGAAGCAUGA